AUGACGUGGCGCACCCUGGCGGCUCCCGCGCGCUCCUUGACCCAGGUGACACAUGGUGGCAGUGGACCACCGCGGUGGUCGGUGGCCACGCCUGUGUCCCGCACUCGAGCCUGGCAGGUGGCCGUGCUGGACAUUUUCAAGCUCUACUGCGGCGGCGUCCUGGUGGCCCCGCGCUGGGUGGUGACAGCGGCGCACUGCACCACACCUGGGGUGACCACGGUGGCGCUGGGCAAGCACCGGCUGUACGCGCGCGAGGCGGGCGAGCAGCGCCGCAUGGUUGCCCGCAUGGUGGCCCACCCGGGCUACGACCCGACCACCAAGGACAACGACAUCAUGCUGCUCAAGCUCCUGGCGCCCGCCGCCAUCUCCGACCGCGUCCGGCCCAUCCCGGUGGCAUCGUGCCUGCCCCAGCCUGGCACCGCCUGCGUCACCUCGGGAUGGGGGGCCACCACCUCACCUGAAGUGACGUACCCCGAGGUCCUGCAGUGUGUCAAUGUCACGCUCUUCUCCCCGGCCGAGUGUCGCAGUUUCUACCCCGGCUCCAUCACCGACAACAUGAUCUGCGCCGGGCACCUGCAGGGCGGCCAGGACACCUGCCAGGUACACCUGGGGACACCUGGGCACACGGCG